AUGAUUGUUGGGUACCAGAAGAUCAUAUCAGAACUGCUAGCUACUAGGUAUGGAGAAGAUGAAGAUUCAGAAGAUGAGGAUGAAGACCUUUUGCCUCUAGACUGGGAUAAUGAGGUUUUUGCACAAGAGGACUUACAGGAAGCAAUGUUUCAUUAUGCUGCAGCAAUGGAUAAUGACAUCAAGGAUGAGGACUGGGUUCCGGACUAUUUGCAACAGAGGAAAAAGUAUCGACGUGCAGAACGAGAGCAGAAAGAGCAUCCGAAAACAUAUGUGACUGGUCCAGAUCUUGCAAGAGCAUCAAAGUGCACUCAAACCUGUCGAAGGAAGUCAUUUGAGCCUGUUCUGACAUGGGAUGGGGAUGGACCUCCAGAUAUCAUCCAGCAAGACAUUACAGACAGCCAAAAAGAAGAGUUAGCAGCAGAGAGCUGGGAAGAAGAGAUGGAUAAACAGUGGCAUGAGAAGGACGGCAUUCACUUUGCGCGCCGGGUACGACAGCUAGCGAGACAUUAUCAGGUAUUUGACGAAACCACUCGCAACCAGAACGAGAUAGGAUGCAACAUUGGACAAGUCGAUCAAGAUCAAAUGAACUAUCUGUCGGCAGUAUUAUUGACCGUGUUGUGGUUAAAGCAGGUAGUAUGGUAG